UUAACAAGUCCCUUCUCCCAAGGCUCAGUUGGCCAGGGAUGGGCUGUGAUCUUGAAAGCAAGAUCAGGGCCAGUUGGUUAAAUUAACCCAUCGCCUUCACCGGGAAAGGGGAAAAGCCAUCAAUUUGCAGCCCUCAUCUCACCCUUCGGAGAUCCUUCACCAAGGAGGAGAACUUCUGGUCCAUGCGUUGAACGUCAGAAGGUUCCUGGGAGAGCUGCCACUGCAGAAAGCCAGAUGCCACAGGAAGGGGGGACAUGUGGCAGCCCCAGACAGGCAGGGAUCCUGUCCACGUAUCCCCCAGCCUCCUUCCUAGCCAUGAAGGACUUCACCGAGGUCGUCUUUCACCCAGAGGCACAGAAUCAAAACCAGGAGACUGUCAUGUUGUCUUUGCCACCGAACGUGCUGAGGGAGUUCUCCAACCCCGUGUUUGAGGAGGACGGUGAGACGCUGACCCAGAACCAUCUGGAGGAGGAGAAGGGCAGGGAUGCCAAACUCGCCGCCAAUGGAUUUGCUCAGCAAGUGCGAGAAGCAGCCAGCAAGAAAUUCAAGCCAGACUGCAAAUUUUCCUGGCUAUGUGUGACCAUCCUGAGCCUUCUGCUCCUCCUCCUCCUGGCCUUGCUUGUGGGCAUCCUGGUCACCUACCAGCUAAAGUCCCCUCCUCCAAGCAAGCCCACUCUUGAGACUUUCCUCGGGCACAACGUCGCCAAUGCCACCUUCGCUUCGGUCAGGAGGACUUCUUGGGACCCCAUCUCCGCCACCGCCCCGUCUCAGCGAGAGCUGCAGGAAACCACAAAACCAGGGCCCGUGUGUGGAGGUGAACUUGGAGGCUCCGGGGGCACCUUCAGCUCUCCCAACUACCCCGAUUCCUACCCACCUAACGUCCUCUGCACCUGGCAGAUCCAAGUGAAGUUGGGAAUGGUGAUUCAGCUGAAAAUAGAAACCUUGGAUGUGGAGGCCUCCGAUCUGUGCUUCUACGACCGGCUGGAGAUCUACGAGGAGUCCGAUAGUUUCUCCCUUUGGGACAGGAGUACCAGGUACUGUGGCACUGUAGCCCCAGCGACUAUCAACACCAACUCUAACCAGAUAAAAGUUGGUUUUGUGUCCGAUGAUAAUACUGCUCCCUCCGGGGUUCAGGGCGAGGUACCGGGCCAUCCUCCCCAUGAAAAGAACUGCUCCUGGGACGAAUUCUUCUGUGACCAGGGGCUCUGCCUCCUGCCAGCCUUUGUGUGCGAUGGUCACCAGGACUGCCUGGACAAUAGAGAUGAAGUCAACUGUAGCGCCAAGCAUACAGGUUGUGGUGGGAGUUUGACCAGCUUGGAGGGACAGUUCUUCUCCCCAAACUACCCCAAACCAUACUCACAUCUACAGAUUUGUCUCUGGCACAUCUCCGUGCCUGUGGAUCACGUCAUCCAGCUGCAAUUCCACAACUUCAGCCUUGAGUCCCACGAAGACUGCAAUUUCGACUUCGUGGAGGUGUACGACAGUGCUGCCAUGGGGGCCAGCAGCCUCAUGGGUCGGUUCUGCAACUCCAAUCCGCCUCCUGUGUUGACUUCAUCCCAACACGUCAUGACCGUCCUGUUUGUGGCUGACGAGGAGAUUGUGGAUGAUGGGUUCUUUGCUGUCUACCGUGCCCACAACCUGAGUGAAAAAACGUGUGGACCUCUAGAAUUUGUCUGUGGAAAUGGCGAGUGUGUGGCUCAGGAGUUUGCGUGUGACAGCUGGAGGAACUGUCCGGAUGGAAGUGAUGAAGUCAACUGUACCAGCAUUUCUUCCACAUCAGUGGAGGCCUCCUGUGAACCCAUAAAGAUAGAAAUGUGCCAAGGUCUCAGCUACAAUUCCACCUCCUUCCCCAACAUCUGGCUGAUGAUCCCCCACCAACAGAGUGCUGAGGAGCUGCUACAAGACUACAUGAUGCUGCGGGACCUCAGGUGCUACCCUUACCUGCGUUUGCUGAUCUGCAGCCUCUUCGUCCCCAAGUGCAUCCCGGAAGGUGGCACCUUGCAGCCUUGUCGCUCCGUGUGUCUGGAGGCGGAGGAGCACUGCCGAAAGCCCCUGGCCCGUUUGGACAUCCUCUGGCCCUUAAACUGCAGCAUCCUGCCUGAUUCCAACAACCCCCUGGAGUGCUUCCUGCCUUGAGGAACCCCACCCACCCAGUGCCUGGACCAGAAAGAAGGAGGGAGGGAGGAACAGUUGGAGGCAACCAGGAGAAUUCCCAGUCCAGAAGAUCCUUUGAUCUGUUCAUCUCGCAGCAAGUCAUUACCGGUUGUGCCCCGGAAAUAUCUCCGGGGAAUCACUCCUAAAGUCCCCUCCGUUGACUCUCCUUCUGGGCUCCACUUCUGUCUCUAUUGAAUUAUAGAUUGCAAACAGAUCAAGGGUCUCUCUCUGUCCUAGAAUCCUAGAUUGUGGAGUUGGAAGGGAUCCCAAAGGUCAUCUAACCAAACUUUUUUUUUUUUAAUUCGAUUUAUAUGCCGCCCUUCUCCGGAGACUCAGGGCGGCUUACAAUGCAUUAAGCAAUAGCCUUCAUACUUUUGUAUAUUUAUAAAAAAUCAGCUUAUUGCCCCCACAAUCUGGGACCUCAUUUUACCUACCUUAGAAAGGAUGGAAGGCUGAGUCAACCUUGAGCCUGGCGAGAUUCGAACUUACAGUAAUUGCAGGCAGCUGAUGUUAAUCACAAUGCUAUUAGUCUGCUGAGCCACCAGGCCCAACUUCCACUUAAGUCAUCUCUGGCAGAUCACCAUCCAUCUUCUGAAGAUCUGCGGCCAAUGGAGAACCCAAACAUUUCAUGGGCCCAGCCUUUUCCACAAGCCCAGGGGUCUGCAACCUUAAACACUCAAAGAGCCAUUUGGACUUGUUUCCCACAGAAAAGAAAACACCGGGAGCCACAAAACCCUUCCGGUGCCUGACUAUUUCUUGAGUGGCAUAUGUAGUUGAAUUAAACGUCCUGUUUUCUUCUGAAA